UUGUCGUCCAUAUAUACGUUCAUUUCCAAACUUUGCCGGGUUCCGGUCCUAGGGUUUCUCACGUCGCUUUGCUCAAAAUCCAAAAUAGAAAGAAAAUGGCCCCAAAACGAGGUGUAAAAGCACCAGUACCUGCAAAGAAGAAACAGGAGAAGGUUGUGAAUCCUUUGUUCGAGAAACGUCCAAAGCAGUUUGGAAUUGGAGGGGCCUUGCCGCCAAAGAGGGAUUUGCAUCGGUUCGUGAAGUGGCCAAAAGUCGUCCGCAUUCAAAGGCAAAGGAGGAUUCUUAAGCAGCGGUUGAAGGUCCCACCAGCCUUGAACCAGUUCACAAAGACAUUGGAUAAGAACCUUGCAACAAGCCUUUUUAAGAUGCUUCUCAAGUACAGACCCGAAGACAAAGCUGCAAAGAAGGAACGCCUUCUGAAAAGGGCUCAGGCUGAGACAGAGGGGAAGACUGUAGAGGUCAAGAAGCCUAUUGUUGUGAAGUAUGGGCUCAAUCAUGUCACUUACCUUAUCGAGCAGAACAAGGCGCAGUUGGUGGUUAUUGCUCACGACGUUGAUCCAAUCGAACUGGUUGUCUGGCUGCCAGCCUUGUGCAGGAAGAUGGAGAUUCCCUAUUGUAUUGUCAAAGGAAAAGCACGCUUGGGAGCAAUUGUUCAUAAGAAGACUGCAGCGGUUCUCUGCCUGACCACGGUGAAAAAUGAGGAUAAGAUGGAAUUCAGUAAAAUCCUAGAAGCUAUCAAGGCCAACUUUAAUGAUAAGUACGAUGAAUACCGGAAGAAAUGGGGAGGUGGGAUCAUGGGCUCCAAAUCCCAGGCCAAAACCAAGGCCAAGGAGAGGCUACUAGCCAAGGAAGCUGCCCAGAGGAUGACCUAAGGGUAUCUCCAUACAAUCUCAUCUCUUUUACUCAGUUUUGUUUUCGGUGCUUCCUUUUGUACCUGGAGUUACCUGAGUGGGUUCCUGACCGGCACCCAAAUCUCAACUUUUGUUGAUCUCGGGGCAGUUCGCUAGAACAGCCUAUUUUCUCGCUAUUUGGAUGAUUCAUUUACCGUCUUAGUUUCAUAUAUA